AUGACCUAUCAGCCACCAGCCCAAGCGGAACCAACGACCUAUCAGCCACCAGCCCAAGCUGAACCAAUGACCUAUCAGCCACCAGCCCAAGCUGAACCAAUGACCUAUCAGCCACCAGCCCAAGCUGAACCAAUGACCUAUCAGCCACCAGCCCAAGCUGAACCAAUGACCUAUCAGCCACCAGCCCAAGCUGAACCAACGACCUAUCAGCCACCAGCCCAAGCUGAACCAACGACCUAUCAGCCACCAGCCCAAGCGGAACCAACGACCUAUCAGCCACCGGCCCACCACCAGCCAUCCAAGAUCCCCCCCACAGUUCCACAACAGCUGCCCCUCAACCCUCCAAGAUCCCCCCCACAGUUCCCCAACAGCUGUCCCUCAGCCCUCCAAGAUCCCCCCCCCAUUUCCCAACAGCUUCCCCUCAACCCUCCAAGAUCCCCCACAGUUCCCCAACAGCUGCUCCUCAACCAUCAAAGAUCCCCCACAGUUCCCCAACAGCUGCCCCUCAACCCUCAAAGAUCACCCCACAGUUCCACAACAGCUGCUCCUCAACCCUCAAAGAUCACCCCACAGUUCCCCAACAGCUGCUCCUCAUCCAUCAAAGUUCCCCCCACAGUUCCCCAACAGCUGCCCCUCAACCCUCAAAGAUCACCCCACAGUUCCCCAACAGCUGCACCUCAACCAUCCAAGACCCCCUCCCCCCAAAAAAAUACCAUCAGUUAA